AGCAGAUCCAGCUCAAGUUGUGCAGUUCUGCACCUUUCUUCUGUAAUUUCAUAUCCAUAUACACCUGCUCCGGGUACUCUGGAGACCUGUUUCCAUUCUUCUCCUCCAGGCCGUGAACUCGAUCUUCUGGCGGUGACUGCGUGCGAUUUCUAUACAUCCUUGUUGCUCCUGUAUCGCUGUUUCACGACGAUCAAAUGAGCAAAGGCUGGCCGAAGCUCAACACAAUAAACCGAAUAUAAUAUCUACAAGGAUGCCGGGAACAGUUGCAGAGGGGCCCACGGUGUCUCUUUCUUUUGCGAAUAAUUUCUGGGGAAAAGAUGACGCGGGUGUUGGACCUAUGCUGGAACGCAUGCAUGCUUCCAAGGUGUCUUGCGACGAACUGAAAACAUUCUACAAUAUCCGAGCCGCAAUUGAAGAAGAGUACGCACGCAAGCUUCUGACACUAUGCCGCAAACCCCUUGGGUCCAGUGAUAUUGGUUCGCUGCGAUCAUCCUUUGACAUUGUUCGAGGCGAGACAGAGGCCAUUGCAAAAGCCCACGCCGCAAUUGCACAACAAAUGAAGAGAGAGUUGGAAGAGCCGUUGAUUGCAUUUGCAGGCGGAUCAAAGGAGCGGAGGAAAAUUGUCCAAACGGGUAUCGAGCGUCUACACAAAAGUAAAUUCCAACAGACACAGACUGUGAAUAAGGCCCGGGAUCGAUACGAGCAGGACUGCUUGAGGAUCAAAGGCUACCUAGCACAAGGCCACAUGGUUAUGGGUCAAGAGGAGCGCAAGAACAAAGCGAAGCUGGAGAAGACACAGAUACAACUAGCAUCCAGCAGCAGUGAUUAUGAUUCUGCCAUAAAAGUGCUCGCGGAGACUACUACGCGGUGGAACAAGGAAUGGAAAUCUGCAUGCGAUAAAUUCCAAGAUCUUGAAGAAGAGAGAAUUGAUUUCACAAAGAGCAGUCUCUGGACAUAUGCAAACAUUGCAUCAACAGUGUGUGUUAGUGAUGAUGCAUCCUGCGAAAGGAUUCGCCUUUCACUAGAGAACUGUGAAGUGGAGAAGGAUAUCAUCCACUUCAUCAAGGAAAGGGGAACCGGCCAGGAAAUCCCCGAUGCUCCAAAGUUUAUCAACUUCUCUCGAGGAGACAUUAACGACUCAAGCUCUGAAAUUUCCGAAGAAGAAGGCUACUCGGUAGCUCAAUUUCAGCGCACUAUAAAUCCAGCAUUUCGCAGUUCUUCUCCCCAGCCGUCUACAUAUGAGUCCCACCAUGAAAUGCUACCUGACUUGGCUAUGAACCCAGCCCACAGUACACCCGCCACCCCUUCAAGCAGAGAGACUACCGUCACUCCGCAGAAACCGAUGCAAAAGCCCACACAGCCUGCCGUUCAAACAUCAGUGCAGCCGCCAGUCCAACCGCCAGUCCAACCGCCAGUCCAACCACCAGUCCAACCAUCAGUCCAACCAUCAGUCCAACCAUCAGUCCAACCAUCAGUCCAACCAUCAGUCCAACCAUCAGUCCAACCGCCGAUGCAACAGCCGAUACAGCCGCAAAUGCAACAAUCGAUGCAUCAGCCGAUGCAGCCACAACCUCAGCCACCAAUACAGCAGCAAACACCUCCACUUGAUCUUCGUAGGGGAGGCCAGCUUCCACCUAACUACGACCCAAACCAACAUGGCGAAAUUGCGGCGAUUCCCCACAACGAAUACCCAACGGAUGGUAUGACGAUGUUCUGUAGAACCGGCCCUCCGUCUGAGCGCAGCUCGGGGACAGCCAGCGGUUACCGACCUUCCAGCCGUGAUUCACAGAGUGAGGUCUCCAACAGUACCUCGAUAUCUAGCCAGGAAGCUAUUAGCGGCAAGCAGUCCCCCGUUAAGCCGACGAAUGGCGUGGCACUCCCAGGGAUGACCGCAGACAAUCAGAUUCAGAAGAAGAAGAGCGCAUUCUUCAGCAAUAGUCCAUUCCGCCGUAAGAGUCGCCACGAAAAGGACCGCAAUUCUGGCCCGUCUCGCUUGCCGACUCGCGGGGCAUGGGACUCUCCUUCGAAACAAAGUAGCCCAAUCAAAGCUCCAACGCCUCAAAACCACAUGCAAACACCGCAGGUAGCCAAUGUGACGCAAGAUAACCGACUGUCUGGUAGCCCCGAGCCUGUUGAUCCGAGGGCAAACUUCCAACUCAAUGUCGGAAACAAUGUGUUUGAUGUCGAGUCACCGGAUAAAAACACCAAGAAGGGAGCCCAGGCGGCGAAGAAUGGAGGAGAGGAGCUAGACCCCAUCGCUCGCGCCCUGGCUGAUCUGAAAGGAGCCGGAAAGCAGUCAGCGACUCGGGUCUCAGCUGACAGGUACCACGGCAUUGCUACGCCUGUACCUUCAGCACCUGGAUCGAACUAUAGCGCAGCCUCUGUAGCAACACCACCACCAGCCUAUAACGACCCGUCAGUGAAGCGUCUUGAUGCCCCGCAACCGGCGUUCACAUCUGCCCAAAUGCAGAAAACUACGCAGAAGUACACCGGCCAGACUCAGAGUAUGCUUCGGGGCACCGUCGGCCCCUCGAAGCGUAACAGUGGGCCACCCCAGGAGGCUCCACGUGCACGGUCGCCUGCUCCUCGACGAAGUGUUAGUCCUCAGGUGAACAGCCCCCGGGUUAACACCCGUAUGAGUCAAUAUAGUCGAGCUGCAAGUCCAAGUCCAAGCACCUAUCAAUCAAGCAGCGUGAAAACCCGGUACAGUCAAUCUCCAACUGUUUCCACUCCUCCACAACGGCCAAGUGAUCCAUAUUCUCCCCACGAUUUUGCUAAGCGAGGAUCUCCAACCAUGGCUCCUAGAGCUGUCUCCCCUAAUGACUUCGGGAAGCGUGGGUCAGCUGGUACAAUGCCGCGGGCCGUCUCACCAAACGACUUUGCGAAGAGAUCGUCCCAAACCUCAAUGCCACGCGCUGUGUCACCAAACGACUUUGCGAAGAGAUCAUCUCAAACCUCAAUGCCACGAGCCGUCUCACCAAACGACUUCGCCAAGCGUGGUUCAACUGCUACAAUGUCACGAGCUGCUUCACCAAACGACUUUGCGAAGAGAUCAUCUCAAACCUCAAUGCCGCGAGCCGUCUCUCCUCAGCCACAGUUCCGUCAGCAGACUCGACCUUCGAGCGCUGGUGGCAUGGAACUGCAGCUUUCCAACCCAGCCGAUAUGUAUGCUGGUAGCAAUGAUGGGUACGGCUCUCAAAGGGACACCAGGAGGCCGAUGUCGUACUACGGAGACAAUGGAAGCCAGAGGAGCCGAUCCCGGAGCAGGAGUCUGGCAGUCGCUGACCCUGGAAGACAAUUCAGCCGAGAUGGCCGUCCAAUCUUGCACUUUGCCCGUGCUAUGUACAGCUAUGCCGCAGCCAUUCCCGAAGAACUCGGCUUCACCAAGGGUGACGUCUUGUCAGUGAUCCGCCUUCAGGAUGACGGCUGGUGGGAAGCUGAAGUUACAACCAGCCGUAUGAAAACAGGCUUGGUGCCGAGCAACUACCUGCAGAUUAUCUAAAAUGAUACCCAUCCUAUGAUAAUUUCAUGAACAGCCAGUUAUGACGAGGAAAAUGUUUGUCCAAUUAUGUGUUCAUGAUGUAGAUACCACUCAGCUUUGCCCUUUUUUUUUUUGUUUUUUGUCUUCCCCAUUUUCGCCCUACAUUCUUCGCUCUUUCCGACAUCUGCUUACGUCGAACUCGAUAUUACCUGUCGUUUCUGGCCAUUAAUUUUAUUUUAUUCUGUGUUUAGUGAUUUUGCCUGUUUAAUCUCUUUACUAUGUUUUCAUGGAAAUAAUGCCCCUUUCAAUCAGAAUGAUUCUUGACCUUCUCUCUUUGACCGUAUAAUAUGGAUAUCCUAUAGUAAUAUACAAC